CCUGAUUUUAAGGCUGCCCGUCAAUAACGCCGGUUCGCGCGGGUGAGUCCGACCUCAAUUUCUUGAAUGCACCCCUCACUCCAACCACGCAUCCUCCGCUCCGCCCGACGAGCCCUGACGGAGUGUCCCCGGGCCCCAGCGAGCAGUUGCAGACGCAGCACCAGCACCAGCAGCACCAGCAGCCGUAGCCUUCAGCAGCACCAAACCAGCGAGCGGCCAAACAUCCGGCAGGCGAUCGAAGCCCCCACCAUCCCCCACCACCGCCACUACCACAUCUCCCUCUCCCACUCGACUUUUCCCUCCUCCCCCUCCUCCAUUCUCCCUCCCCAUCCCUCUCGUCCGCUCUCCACCAUGCCCAAAGAAAAGGAAUCCAAGCUCUCCUUCAACCUCAAAACCCCCAAGGGUACCAAGGACUGGUCCGGCUCCGACGCCCUCCUCCGCGACCGCAUCUUCUCCACCAUCGCCGAUGUCUUCAAGCGCCAUGGCGGUACUGCCCUCGACACCCCCGUCUUCGAGCUGCGCGAGAUUCUCGCCGGUAAGUAUGGCGAGGACUCCAAGCUCAUUUACGACCUUCAAGACCAGGGUGGAGAAAUCUGCUCCCUCCGCUACGAUCUCACCGUCCCCUUCGCCCGCUGGCUCGCCAUGAACCCGGAUGUCCGCAGCAUGAAGCGCUACCACAUCGCCAAGGUGUACCGUCGCGAUCAGCCCGCCGUGAGCAAGGGUCGCAUGCGCGAGUUCUACCAGUGCGAUUUCGAUAUCGCCGGUACCUUCGAUCCCAUGGUCCCCGAUGCCGAGAUCCUGCGCAUCGUCACCGAAGUCUUCGAGGAGCUGGGCUGGAACGGCCGCUAUAACAUCAAGAUCAACCACCGGAAGAUUCUGGACGGUGUGUUCCAGGUCUGCGGUGUACCCGAGGAGAAGAUCCGUCCCAUCUCCAGUGCCGUCGACAAGCUGGACAAGAUGCCCUGGGCGGACGUGCGCAAGGAAAUGGUCGAGGAGAAGGGCCUGGACGGCGCCGUGGCCGACAAGAUCGAGACAUACGUGAUGCACAAGGGCGGUCGCGAACUCCUUGAUAACCUCCUCAAGGAUGAGGGCCUGACUGCCAACGAGUCUGCCAAGGCCGGUCUGGAAGAUAUGGGUCUGCUUAUGGAUUACCUCGAGGCAUUCGGUGUGCUGGACAAGAUCUCCUUCGACAUGAGCUUGGCCCGCGGUCUCGAUUACUACACCGGUGUGAUCUACGAGGUCGUUACCGAGGGCUCCGCCCCCGCCGUGGCGUCCUCCGCACCGGAGGCCCAGGCCGUGCAGAAGUCCGGCAAGAAGAGCAAGUCCAAGGGCGGCAAUCUGGAGGAUGACGACCGCUCCAACGACCCGACCCUGGGUGUCGGCAGUGUCGCCGCAGGAGGUCGCUAUGACAACCUGGUGGGCAUGUUCCUGCCCAAGGCGCAGAUUCCCUGUGUGGGUGUGUCCUUCGGUGUGGACCGUAUCUUCUCCAUCACCAAGGCCCGUCUCGAGCGGGAGAAGAGCGCCGAAGCCCUCCGCAGCAGCGAGGUCGAUGCCUACGUGAUGGCCUUUGGAGGUAAGGGCUUCACGGGUAUGUUGAAGGAGCGGAUGAGCGUGUGCCAGACUCUCUGGAACUCUGGCGUCAAGGCCGAAUUCUCCUACAAGGUCAAGCCCAAGCUCCCCCAACAAUUCAAGGCCGCCGAACAAGCCGGCGUCCCCUUCGCCGUCAUUCUGGGCGAGGACGAGCUCGCGGCCGGCAAGGUUCGCGUCAAGGAAAUGGGUCUCGAGGACGGACACCCCGAGAAGGAAGGUGUGCUGGUUGAUCUGACUGCUCUGCCGGCGGAGGUCAAGGCCCGGGUGGCUAAGAAGCGAGGAGAGAGUGUCGAUGGUGUUGCGCAGCAGUUGGGUGAGAUGAAGGUUGAUGCAUAGAGCGGGAAACCAUAUACAGGGCUUAGAUGGGUUUAACUUGUUUGUGCUAAGAGCGUUCAACUUUAAAAAAGUAUAAGGGAAGGAAAGAAAGAAAGAAAGCAAAAAUUAACGAAGAUGUUCUAAAAUACAAUACCCCGGGGGUCAUUUUCUAUAUCUUUCGCUUUCAAUGGUUCUCCUGGUAUAGUAUAGAUAGAUAGCAGUCAAAUUGGAGCGACAUUAUUCUUUACUA